AUGCUUGGAGUGAAGAAGAAAGUCGCCUUAGAAGCCAGCUCGACCACCUGCGCGACCAACUGGUCGAGUUCACCAACUGGACCGGCCAAGACUCAACUCGAUCGAGCUGCUAUUCUAGGAGUCAAAGGCAGAAACAAUCGUGCCGCAGAGCCAGUUAGGGUUCAACAUGGUGGAAACAAUCGUGGUGUUAAUGUUGAAAUCUCUAGUUCUGAUGAUGAAGAUCUUGAGGACGAAGAAGAGGCUGAUCAAGAGAAUCGACAAAACAAUCAUGAUUAUAGAGUAAAGGCUGAUAUUCCAUUGUUCUAUGGAACUAUGGGAGUGGAGGAGUUUCUGGAUUGGCAGAUUGAUGUUGAUAGAUUCUUUGAUGUGAUGGGUGUUCCUGAAAGAAAACAAGUUAAGAUGGUAGCAAUCAGGCUGAAGAAAACUGCAGCUGUAUGGUGGGAUAAACUUGUUGUCCAAAGACAAAGGCAAAGAAAAGGACCAGUCAAGACUUGGCGUAGAAUGAAGCAGUUGAUGCUUGAUCGGUUCUUACCAGAAGACUAUGAGCAGAUUCUCUACAAGAUGUAUCUCGAAUGUGUUCAAGGUAAACGAACAGUGACAGAGUACACAGCUGAGUUUGUGCGUUUCUCUGAACGCAAUGACCUAGGAGAGACAGAUAAUCAAAAGGUGGCUAGAUACAUCAGUGGUUUAAGAAGCUCUAUACAAGAGAAUUGGUUUGCAGACCGUAUGGACUGUGCAAGAGGCUUCUAG